AUGCAGCGCAUCCGCAAGCUCUCAAAUGAUCUCAAGGAGGCCCUAGUGCCCAAGACGGACAAAACACAGCCACACCGUCGGCCUUCGUACCGUGGUGGGCAGCCUGUACAGAUCGGCGACAUCAGGAAGACAGCCAACCGCUCAUUGGCGAGCCUCGACCGCGACGCAAUGGCUUCAGGGGACCUGCGCGAAACUAGAGCUGCUGUUGAGCAGUGGAGGCAGGACAGCUUCAAGGAAGCUACGCGGCUUGAUCGAGAGCAACGCGCGCACGCCAACUCCGUCGCGUUCCCCUCUUCCUCAUCGCGGUCCAAGCCACGCACCAAAGCUGAGGAGAAGCCCGUGCCGGUGCCCUCCAUCGAUCCUAGGACUGACUGGUGUCACAGUGAGCACUGGCUUCCGGGUAAUCAUUCGGACGGAGAAGUCUGUACGCCAUAUGGCAUCUCGCCGGCAGUCCUCCCCGCCAAUCGUCCUCUACCCCCGGCUCCGGUUCCAGUCAAGAAGCUCAGGCGUCGUUGUCCACCCGCUCCUAGCAGGCACUUUGUCCUUACGCAUUCCACUCCCGCCGUGCCUUCUCGUGCCAAGACAGGUUCCUCAAGUACCAAUAAUCGGGAUCCGGCGUUGCAGGUCGACGCUGAGGUCUCGACCUCACAUAGUACUCAGAGCCAGGGGGGAGAGCCAUCCUGGCCUCCCAAUGGACCCGCCACAAUCAAGCGCCAGCAGCGCGCCCGGGGGAGCUCCUUUGACUCUCUCUCCCGAUCGCAGUCCGACAGGAGGGGUGUCCGGACGACCGCAACCACAAGCGACGCCGUGCAUGCCCGAUCAUCCUCUGAACCACAGAUGGGCCACGGUGCGGACACUCCGUCCCGUCGAGGACAGCGGAUGACAGAUACUGUGCUCAAGACCCUGCCCGACCCCAAGACGGCCACCGGCAAGGCUCAUCCUUCCACGUCGCUCCACAACCCCGCCUCCUCGUCUGCGAGGUUGAAGGCCGCCCUGCCAGUGCAGGAGCUCUCCACGGCGCGCUCGGUGCACGUGGAGCCUACUGGACUGGGAAGGGCGAAAUCUCACAAGGCCAUGAUCGUCCACCCUUCGCCUGAACCAGCUCCACCCCUGCCUUCGCCGCGCCCACCGACAGACAUUUGGCGAGACGCGCCAAGGCCGUCGCGAUCAACUGGGGCGGAAAAGAAGACAUAUGGACAUCGUGACGCCCUUUCCAAGAGGAACAAGGAGCCUGAGGUAUACUACAUCACGAUGCGCCAAGUCGCCGAGAAGGAGAACAAGAGGACGCAGAAGAAGCUUACUGACGAGCUCGCCAAGUGGGCUCCAAUCCCCGAAGUCGUCCCGGAAGCAAGUUUCGCCACCAACGGCACCCGGCCACUUGCUGUUAAGAAACGAUCUGCGAUGUUCAAGCAGUAG